GCUGUGUCUGCAGGCUUCAUACAUCUAUGAAGGAAGAGAGGGUGCUGACCUGACGAGGAACUGCAAUAGCAGCAAUCCGUGACAAGGAUCGAUAGAUGUGAACUGUGUACCACAGAAAGCUUAGCAGCAGCAGCAGCUAGUGCGGGGAACUGCUUGGUAAGGAGCAACGGUGCAUCUCUGCUGUGCAUCACCAAGCUAUCGAUAAAGUUGACCAAAGGAGAGGCAACUGUGAUCUGGGGACAGCAUCUGGUACUGGAGCAUUAAACAAAAUAAGUGGACAAUAUUUGUUUGUAUUUACAUACAGAGGGCAACAGUACACCUGGACCAGAUUACCACAGCGCCUUGAAAAAACUUUAAGCCAUGGAUGUAUUCACGAAGAAGAUAUCAGGACUGCACAUCAAGGACACAGGUGGAAAGUGGAGUCCGUUUGAACAAGAGUUCCUAGAAGCUCAUAAUUCAUAUCGAAGGCUGCACGGAUCUCCACCACUUCAGCUUAGCAGAGAGUUGUGUCACUCCGCUCAGAAAUGGGCAGAUCAUCUGUUGGCUAUCAGAACACUGAAACACAGUGACAGCAGCAAUGGGGAAAAUUUGUUUUACAAAUCCAGCCCUGGUAUGCGUGACAUCUUCGGAAAAGAGCCGGUGGAUAGUUGGUAUGAUGAAAUUCAGAACUAUAACUUUAGUCGUCCGAUGUUUCAGAGUAGUACAGGGCACUUCACUCAGGUGGUUUGGAAAGACUCCUCUGAGGUAGGAGUUGGAAAAGCAACAGAUGGAAAAGGGUUGUUUUUUGUAGUUGCACAAUAUAACCCAGCUGGGAACAUUACAAACCCUGGCUAUUUUGAGAAGAAUGUCCUACGGAAGGGAACUCUACCUUCAAGCAGUAUAGCUGCUGUCAGCAAAAAUGCCAAGGACAGUUCUGCUCAGGAUUCGCUUCCCAAAAGUGGUGGCACUGGAAGCAAGUUUUCUUUGGAUUUUGCAAUAAAAGGUGGACAGUGGAACCAGUUUGAGAAGGAGUUUCUAGAUGCACACAAUGCCUACCGCAAACAACACGGAGCACCACCACUUCAACUCAGCAAAGACCUGUGCAAAUCAUCUCAGAAAUGGGCCGAUCAUCUGCUGGCAAUCCGAACCUUGAAACACAGUCAAUCAGACAUGGGAGAAAACCUCUACUACAAACAGAGUUCUGGCAUUUAUGACAUCUCAGGGAAGGAGCCUGUAGAGAGCUGGUAUAAAGAAAUUGAGAACUAUAAUUUCAGUCGCCCUGGCUUUCAGAGUAACACAGGACACUUCACUCAGGUUGUCUGGAAAGACUCCACUGAAGUAGGCGUUGGAAAAGCAACAGAUGGUAAAGGGCUAUUUUUUGUUGUUGGCCAGUAUAGCCCAGCUGGAAACGUCACGAAUCUUGGUUACUUUGAGAAGAAUGUCUUACAAAAAGGGACACCUCAGUCAAGCUGUGCUGAUACCAGCAGCAAAGGAAUGAAGACUAUUUAUGUUCAAGAUUCACAACCCAAAACUGAUGGUUAUGGGUCCAAAUUUACACUGGACUGUGGUGCAUCAGGGUAUGAUGCGAAACAGUUUGAACAAGAGGUUUUGGAAGCUCACAACGCAUACCGAAAGCAACAUGGAGCACCGCCACUACAUCUCAGCCAUGAGCUGUGUGUAUCCAGCCAGAAGUGGGCAAAUCAUCUACUGUCUCUACAAGCUAUGCAGCACAGUAACUCAGCUCAUGGGGAAAACAUCUGGUACAAAUGGAGCUCAUGUCAAAAGGAUGUAUCAGGGCGUGAGGUGGUCGACAGCUGGUAUAGUGAAAUAAAAGAUUACAACUUUAAACAGCCUGGAUUUCACAACAAAACAGGGCAUUUCACUCAGGUUGUCUGGAAAGAUUCUACAGAACUUGGCAUUGCUAAGGCAACAGAUGGGAAAGGUUUAGUGAUUGCAGUUGCACAGUACAGCCCAGCUGGCAACAUCACCAAUCCUGGAUACUAUGAGAAGAAUGUCCUUCCAAAAGGGACACCAGUAUCUUGCAAUGACACAAGUCCAAGAAUGGCAUCCAUUGGAAACAGCAUGGAGAAAGGAAAACAGUCCUCAGAGACUGACAGUUUUGUCCUGGAGUUUCUGGAAGCUAACAACCAAUAUCGUGCUAAACAUGGUGCUAAACCAUUAAAACUCAACCCUGUAAUAUGUAAAGGUGCUCAAACUUGGGCUGAGCACCUCCUCUCUAUCCAUACACUGAAGCACAGUGAUGCACCAUAUGGUGAGAGCAUAUGGGCAAAAACAGGCAACACACGGAUAACAGUAAAAGGCCAGGAAGUGGCUGACAGUUGGUAUAAAGAAGUCAAAGAGUAUGAUUUCUCCAAACCACAGUACCAGGAAAAUGCAGGGCACUUCACACAGAUGGUAUGGCGAGAAUCAGAGGAAGUGGGAGUUGGCAAAGCUACAGAUGGCAUAGGGAUGGCUGUCAUUGUAGCUCAGUACAAUCCAGCUGGUAACAUCACCAAUCCAGGCUACUUUGAGAAGAAUGUCAGACCACUAGGGACAAAGAUCACAGAUGGAGACCCACAGAUUUCAUUCACUGCAAAAGGAAGCAAAGCUGUUAUUAGAUCUGAAGCAGAAACCAAGGCCUUUUGUAAGGAACUUUUAGAUGCACAUAACAAGUAUCGUUCUCUGCAUGGGGUAAGUCCAUUACGAAUGAAUCCAGACCUAACAAAGGAAGCUCAAAACUGGGCUGAACAUCUAGUAGGCAUCCAGGCAUUGAAGAACAGUAACACUAACUAUGGAGAAAACCUCUGGUACCGCUGGGGGAACUGUAUGAAUCCACCUAAAGGUGCUGAGGUGGCUGAAGCGUGGUACAAUGAAAUUCAGAAGUACAAUUUCAGCACCCCAGUAUUUCAAAGUGGGACAGGCAAUUUUACUCAGAUGGUCUGGAAAUCCUCUACACUGGUGGGAUUUGGCUUUGCUACAGAUGGAAAGGGCAUGUUUAUUGUUGUAGGGUUUUAUGAUCCUCCUGGAAAUAUCUCAAACCCUGGUUAUUUUAAGGACAAUGUCCUGAUGAUGAAGAAGAAAUAAAGUGAAGAAUAAGACUGAUAUCAUAUCUAACACAAUACAGUUCUGAGUCUUAAAAGGAAGAACAUGAAAUAUUUGUCUUCCAAAGAGAGAGAAAAAAUACACACACACACACACACACACACACACACACACACACACACACACACACACAUAUAUAUAUAUAUAUAUAUAUAUAUAUAUAUGUAUAUUUCCUGCUGUGUCUUAGUGUGAUUUUUAUCAUGCCAGCGCUGCAGAGAGAGACUCAUACAUCUUAAAGUCAUCCAUGGAGCAAGAGCAUUGGUAUUUUGCUGUAAAUUAAUGCACUCUGUUGCUGGUUUCUGCCUCUUUUCUGCUGCUUACAGCUAUAGUAUAACUCUAGUAAUGCUUAUCGCUUUGCAAUAUGUAACUCACUGGAUGAGUAAGAAAUGGUUUCGGUACCAUACAGCAUGUAAUAAACCACUGACAUAUAAUAUGGCACUGUAAUAUACAAAGGACUUGAUAUAAUGCAAAAAAGUUACGUAUAAUGCAAGCAACACUGUGCAAAAAGUGCUAUCAAAAGUGCGGGAAUUGUAUGUAAAACAGUAUAACAUAAUCAGGUAUUGUACCAUAUGCGAUAAACUAGUGUGAGUGGCACAACACAAAACAAUGAAAAGAAAAGCUGAGCCAAAUGAUAUUCUUCCUAAAUCUUCUCUGAAUUCAUUUGUCAACAAAUUUUAUAUAUUCAGUUCUGUUUCUGCUGUUCUUAUGAACCCUUGUGUUUUAUGGUGUCAGCUUAUGGCAAAUUACAUUUUAGAAAUUUUUGUAGCUAUUUUCAUCAUCUUACUUAAUUUCCAUUGUUGAUCUGCUACAGAAUUUGGUUAUGAAAUAAUAAACAAGUUUCAAACUGUUCUAAAGUGGUGCUUGCCAUAAAGCUGUGAUUCACAAACAACAAAUAAUUUUACCAAUUGGUCUGCAGAGCAAAAUUAGUGACAGAAUUGGGACCAGUGUUUAAACUACAUAACUGUAACAGUAAAAGCAGUAUUUUGCUAUUUGAACAUAGUUAAUUUUAAGUACAUGUGUAGCAAAUGCAUAUAAUUCUGAUUGAUGCAUACUGUUUGUCAUUCAGUCAGAAACUCUUUUCCAUCAUUACAAAUUGAUUAUAGGUUGCUAAAGUUUAACUAAAACAUUUUAUUUAUUAUUUAAUUACUAAAGCCUGAUCUCAAUUUUGGAAUGCUUUUGGGUAAUCAAAGGGUUAGGGCAGACUUAUGGAAUGUUUUGUAAGUUAUUAAGUUUGAAUCUGCUAAAAGCUAGUUCUGUGAAAGUUUACUGAAUCCUAGUCCUCUGUCCCACCCAGUCAUUGUUUACAUAUUAAAUGUAGGGCCACACUUGACCCCAGAAUAAAAAAAAUACAGUUUGGCCAAAAAGCAUUUGACAAGUCAAAGUAAUAAAGAUUUGUUUUAUGUUUUUAGUAACAAAUAGCAAGUACUUUUCCCCAAAGUGACUUAGUGAUCCUAUGAAUUCUGCUAUGCAAAAAUCUAUGUUUCUGUUUCAGAAUUAAGUUCUUUGUUUGCACAUGAGGAAUUGCAUAGUAAACCAGUCCAUGAUUAAACUUUGCUGGAUAAACACAUGGUGAAGAUUUUAAAUAUUCAUAAAUGUUUAAUACAGUUUUAAACUGGGAAAUAUUAAGUUCCAUAUUACUAGUAGAAGUAAAACUUUCAAUGCUGCAUCUAAACUAUGAUGCAUUUUAAGAUUCAAGAAAAGUUUUAAAAAUCUUAUGAAAAAACAAAAAAAAACCACCUCAAGUUGCAAAUUAAUAUGCCCUCUUGAAAUGCUUUGUGAAAUUAUUAGAGCACUAGUUGACUGUUAAUCAGUAAUCACAUGUUUACUAUAUGGAAUGCAUAUGGCUAUUUGUCAAAGCAAGACCACAAUGUAGUAUGACUAUGCUAAUAGAAAAUGUGACAAUGCCUUGGGAACCAAGAUUUAUUUAAGGGUGUGAAAAGGAAUAUAUUAGUAUUUUAACACAUCUACACAACCAGGAAAGGCUGUGUAGAUAUAUGUUGAAGUUCUGCAAAGACCUAGCUGACUUUCAGGGCUCCUUUUGACAUUUUAGUUUAUUAAGAUGCUUUGGUAUUUUAAAGUACAUAGCUUCGUAUGAGGUUAUUAGGCUAUUGGCCUAGGCCCUUUAUAAGCCUAGCCAUGUUAUACCCUUGUUCCCUUAUUGACCAAGUUGUAUGGUCUAUAUUUGCAGCUGAAGAGCUGAAAUGGAGGUACAGAAUAAUAGGUCAAUCCAUUUUACUGUUAAUCUGUGUUUCAUUCAUGUUACUGUUAAUCUCCUUUUCAAAAUCUUUCCAAAAGUAAAGUACAGUGUAGCUUGGUGAUAAUACAAAAAAAAAAACACAAUAAAAUCUAGUGCACAAGAUCAGGAUGAUUAAUUCGUGAACUGAUACAAAAACAUGAGUUUUAAGACAUGUUCUGAAGAGUUUAAAAAGUUACUGAGGUAGAACCAAGAAACUAAUAUGACAGGGUAGGUUAUGAACUUAAUGGAAAGCAACUGAGUUUUAAGAUUUGAUUUUGAAGAUAUUAAAAAGUCAGUGAGAUGAAGUAAUUGGAAAGUUCAGUAAUAUUUUGGCAAUUAGCCACAAUGUAAAUUUAAGAUAUUUGCCCACUUGCACUUCUAUUGUGUGGAUUUUUACACUUAAACCCUCCCCUUUCAGUCCUGUGUUUAAUCUGAAGUUGAUGUGGAGGAUGCACAGAGUUUGACAGGAUAGCAUCAUGCAAUAGUAGAUAGCCUGUUGUGGUUGCAUUGGAAUGACAGAUUAGAUGUUGUAGAUGAUGUCGGAGUAUAAAUCUGUCGAAGGUUUUUACUGUUCAAACAUUAUAAACUGGGAGUUGUUUUGUAUUGCCUUGAGCUAGAAAGUAGAGGCAGGGCUGAAUAUACCAUUCAUUUUUGGGAGUGGGCUGCAUUAUGUAGGGAUCCUAUAUGCCAUAGAUGAAGUAGUAUUUCAGUGGAGACUGAGACAAUAAGAUUUUAGACACAUUCAUCUUAUUUUUACCGUGAACAUGCAUGCACAGAUGGAGAGUCACACUCACAGCAAUUACAUGGCAUUAAUAUGCAUACCCAUCCACAAAUACAGACAUAUAAGCAAAUCAGAAUUGAACUGUAUUUUUAGGUACAAAUUAUUCAGUUGUACAAAUGUGGUAAAAAUAGCAUCAUGACCAAACUGUGAAUAUCUUGUAAUGUAUAACUUUAGUGACUGUGUUAGAAAGAGGGGCUCAGCUUAGGUAGAUCAUGACUGGUGUUUUUUGUUUCUGUCAAUGCAGAUUACUUUUAGAGGCCCUUCUUUAAGACUCUUAUAGCCUACAUUCCCUUGCUUUAAUAUGAAUAUAUCUGCUGUGAUGCUUAUAAUUCAGGUAAAACUGUAAAUUAUCACUGCUUGUUUUGUUUCAUGGCAUUUUCUGAUGCAUAAAUUGUUCUGCCCUGGAACUUUCAAUAUGGAAGACAUGUAUCAUAUUACUAUAAAAACAUUUUUAUUGUAUUAGCUAAACUUUAUUUUUGUGUUCUAAGAGAUGAAAAUAUUUGCAUAUAAUGUAUGCCGAAAUUUAUGUAAUAUUUCUUUAAAGCCAAAGAGCAGAUUGUCAUCAGAUGACAGGACAAUAGAAAAUGAUCUGUCCAUUAAAGCUUUCAGAAAUGUC